GGCUAGUGGAGCGUGCCACUUCCUUCAGCAGUCAGUGAUGUACUACCCGACGGAGCCCCGGUACCCAAGCGACGCCGUCCCAUACUCUGACGAGGCUACAGACGCCUGGUCCCAUCCGGCCCCUUCAUCCCUCCACGACCAGUUCAGAUUCGGGGGUGAGAGAGGACGCGCGUCACUCCGCGAGGGAUUGUCUACCACCAGUGGGUUCCAGGACCCCAGCCACGAGUACGGAGAGAGCACAGGAGGGCGAUAUACUAGCAGUCUGUGGGGGCAUACUACACAAGAAUCGACUGACUUCAGCAGCGGCAGCAAUGUGGGGGUCGGAUUCCCCGCUACCCUGUGCCCCCCUCUCGGGGAUUCCAACCCCCACACUCUACACCCCCGGAGCACCGACCCCCCGACCCCCCACCCCCGUAGCACCGACCCCCCGACCCCCCACCCACGGGGGACCGACUUCAGCUCAGCAACAAGCAGCAGUAAUCUAUAUUCUCCUCUCUUCAGCGCCUCCCUCCUACCGCACUCUCCCCUGCCAGUGGGUAAAAGUCGAAGCCUUGGAAGCCAACACCUGCACGACCCGUGUUCCACCACCACUACCACCACCACCGCCGCCACCACCACCACUACCACCACCACCACCACCACCACCAGCACGGCAGCAACCACCACACUCACGCCGCAUCAUGUGGUGGGGGCUGGCAUUCACCACCACCUGUCCAUCAGCCCCCACCACCACCACCACCACCCUCACCACCACCAACAGCAGCACCACCACCAUCCCCAACAACAUCCGCCACCAGUGUUGAAGGCGCCAGAGGAGCCGGCCUCUCAACCUGACUCCACCCAGCCUAGGCUUGAUGCCAGCACGGAGGACGAGGGGCGAGGGGGAGGAGGAGGAGGGGGCAGAAGAGGAGAGGCGGGGGAGGAAGAGGAAGACGAGGAGGAGGAGGAAGAGGAAGGAGGAGAGACAUCCGGGAAGAAGCGUAAGAGGAGGAUCUUGUUCACUAAGGGCCAGACGUACGAGCUGGAGCGACGGUUCCGCCAGCAGCGCUACCUGUCGGCGCCGGAGCGGGAGCACCUGGCCUCUCUCAUUAACCUCACGCCCACACAGGUGAAGAUCUGGUUCCAGAACCACAGGUACAAGACCAAGAAGCAGCGUGCAGACAGGGGGGUGGAGAUGGCACCCCUCGCCUCCCCCCGCAGAGUGCCAGUGCCGGUCCUGGUCCGGGACGGCAAGCCAGUGCCACCCCCGCACCACGCCCACCCCUUCAACACCCCGCCCACGCCCUACGCCACGCCCUACGCCACGCCCUUCCUAGAUGUAAGCGAGUAUCACUAUCACAUGAGAGGCAUGGCCACCACCUCCUCCAUCUCCACCUAUCCCAUGGCUGGCGGAUCCGUCUAUUCCUCCCCGGCCUUCCCGCCGCCACAAUACACCACCCACGCCCUCACGCCCACAGGCACGCCCGCUGCUACGCUCCACUACGCUGCCCCUACGCCCAUGUCUGACGCCUCAGAUCCUACGCUCACGCCCACACAGUUCCCUACUACAGGAUUCUCUUAUCAGGCGCAAACGUAAAUUUCUAGGAUGGUGGGUGACAGCGGCUAGGGGAGAGGCACUGUGUUUUAUGGCAGACAUAACCUGUCAUGGCAGAUAUGACAGACAUGGCAUUUAAGACAGUCGUGGCAAAGACACUCAUGGCAGAUAUGAGAGACAUGGUAGAUGUGAGUGAUAGACAUGGAAAGCAGAAAUGUCAUGACAACCGGAACUGACAUGUCAACCACAAGUCAUGCCAACCACAAGUCAUGUCAACCACAAGUCACGCCAACCGGAAUAUACAUGGCAACCAGAGAUCAUGAUAGCCACAACAGUCAUGGAAAUCAUAACAUUACCGGCAACCAUUAUAUAAUCAUGGCAGCCACAAUAUUGAUUAAUGACAACCAUAACUGGUGUCGCUCCCGCUAUGACAGUCAUGGGGGUUGAUCCCAUGACAAAGGUUGUCAUGGGAUCAAGUGCGACAGUCUUAGACUGUGGCUAAAGUUAAAGAAAACAGAGGAGAGAAUGAUAGAGAACAAUAAUGUACCAUAAAGAACUUGGUUUCAGCGGCGACGAUAACAUCCUGGGGUAACUACAGGAAAAUACUGAGGCUCCUGACCUUAGGGCUCCUGGUGGCGACGACACAGCCGUGGACAGCCGUGGACGUAGCCGUGGACACAGCCGUGGACACAGUGGCUGGAGGAAGCCUGAAUGUGUCUGGGCUUAAGGGCGUCCGGGGCCGCCAUACCACAACUCUCCUCCUCCGCACACGUCAACAUAAAAGGAAUUUGGAAACUUGCGGACAUCUCAACAAACUGUGACGAUCAAAUAAACAUCCACAAAGAUGGAGAUUUCUUCUGCAUUAUUAAAAUUUAUAAGUAACAAAACUUGAUGUUUAGUAAUGUUUCUAAAUAAAGAAAAUAAUAAAAAUUACUUCACUUAUUUAUAAAAAAUAUUUGUAUCUAAAUGGUAUAUGACACAGUUUGUAUAUUUUGGUGCAAAUUAAAAAAAAUGCGAGUGUAAUUAAAACAUAUUUUAAUAAAUUCUUCACCUCAACGUGUUCGUUGUAAAAUACGCCAUAAUUACGUUGAAAAUGUUUAUGUGAUGAUCUCCAUCGAUGAACUAGAUCGCUCAGUGUCUUAAUUAAUAAAGAAUUAGAAGUUACC